AUGGCCCCGAAAACAAAAGCCGCACCUGCCAAUGGCACCAAAAGCGCGCCGAAGGAGGCUGCGCCCAAACCGAGCGUGUCCCCCGCCCCUCCCAGCGGCGCAGAGACACCACUUUCUGACGCUAAUGGCCCGAUAACGAAGCCCGACAAGGCUGCCUACGACGCUGAGCAGGACCGGUUGAGAAAGGAAAUCGAGGCCCAACAGGCCAAGCUUUCUGCCGUGAAGGAGAAGAUCGGGCUGACUGGCAAGGGCGGCUCGGGCAAUGACCGUCGCAACCAGCUUCGUGCCGAGCUCGACCAGCUCCGUGCUCAGCAGGCUGGCGGGAAGCAGUCGCGCGGCAAGAUCUUCGACGAGCUCAAAGUCGUCCAGGAGCGCGUGCAGACUAAAGUCAAGAACCUGAACGCGGCCCGCGGCAAGACACCCUUUAAAUCGGUUGCGGACGUCGAUGCUCACAUCAGGCAACUCGAGAAGCAAGUCGAGUCCGGCUCGAUGAAGCUCGCGGACGAGAAACGCGCACUGCAGGAGAUCUCUCAGACCAAGCGCUCGCGCAAGACCGUGGAGGGCUUCCAGGCUGAGGAGGAUGCGAUUGCCGCGGACCGUGCGACAAUCGAGGACCUCAAGAAGCAGCUCGACGAUCCUGAACUCAAGGCCGCAUCUGACCGCUUCGAGGCUAUUCGCAAUGAGCUUGACGCGCUGAAGAAGGAGGGCGACGAGGCCUGGGGUAACCGCAAUAAGCUCUAUGACGAGCGUAACGCAAUCCAGGCCGAGCUCGACUCGCUAUUCAACCAGAAGCGCGAGUCUGCGGCGGCAUACCGCGCCGCGGGCGACCGCUACUGGACCAAGGUUAACGAGGAUCGUGCACGUAGGGCAGAGCGCGCUCGCUCCCAGCGCCAGGCCGAGGAGGAGGAGAAGAAGCGCGAGGCAGCAUCCCGUUUGCUCGAGGAGGCGAGUGAGCCUGCGUACCAGUACCAGAUCGAAGAUUGCCAAACGCUCAUCGACUACUUCUCCGGCGGCACGUCUGGCGCGCCUCCGAAGCUGUCGACGGAUGCUAAGGCUGGUGAGCCGAAGCACGAUCUGCGCGUCGUCGAGGCGCCGCAAAGCGAUGGUCUCACUGCUCUCAAGAAGAAGGGUGCCGACGAGGAGGUCUUCUUCGCCGGUAAGGGUGGCAAGAAGGGGAAGAAGGGCGGCAAGGCGGCAGCUCCUGCUGAGGACAAGGACAAGUUGAACGUGCCAUUCGCGACGCUCUCUGCACUUCUCUCGCUGUCGAUCCCACCACCCGUCAACAACGGCGAUGUUCCUCGCGUAAUCGAAGACCUUAAGACGAAGAAGGCGUGGUUCGAAGCGAACCAGGCUCGCGCAACGCAGGAGGCUAUCGCCAAGGCUAAGGCCGCCGUUGAGCGUCUGAACAAGGGUCAGGAUCCCGCAGCGACGGAGCCUGCGCCUCCCAACGGCAACGGCGAGCAUCCAGCUGAGCCCGCACCCACGCCUGCUGCCAAGGACGCGCCGAAGAGCAUCACACCGCCGUCAGACGUCGUCGACGAGAAGCUUGAGGAAGUUAAGGAGCAGACGGCUGAGGCCGAGUAA